AUGUCUGCGGCUGUUACGCAGCUGGUGCGGCGUCUUACCGUGCCGGCGGUGGCCACGUCACUGAUGAAAGAGGAGCUGUGUUUGGCCCUUGCUGCUGUCGCCCAACUGCGGCCGAGCCUCUCUACCGCGACGGAUGGAGGAACUACCACCUCGCCGCUCUCCACCGAGACCCUCGCGCGUCGCAGCUUGCGAGUGCUGCCUCGCUGUGCCCCACAAGAAGUACGAAUGAUUGCCCAUGGCGCCAGCGCCUUACAGUGGUUUUCGACCCCGUCGUUACCCGUGAUAGAUGCGCUUGCGCGCACGCUCUACACGCACACUGUAAAGUUGAACCGGUCGGGAACAGGAGCGAAGACCGCAGCGACGCACAAGGUGCGACUGAGUGACAUACUCGCCGUUGUCCAGCUAGCGGCAGAGGCGCAGCGCUACUUCGACGCCACGAUUUUUCUGUUGGCCACGCAACAUGCAGUGGAAGUCGGCGCUCAGUCGACGAGCAUGUCGACAGCGGUCGCCGAAGAGUUUGUCGCCGUUGUAUGUGGGUACGCUGGGGAGGUGGACGGCGCGGCUGCGGUGGAGCGGUUGACCGCGCGUCUAGAGGCCUCGCCCGCUGUCGCUUCUAACUCUCCUGGCCUCGCCGUGCUGAAGGCUUGCGUGCGUGGCCGGCCACUAAAAGUCGCUGACAGGUGGGCAGUGCCGUACGCGCGGUGGGCGCAGCAGCGUCGAAACAUUCUCGAGACUCUCCGCACCACCGGGGACGCUGCAGCGCCAACGCAUACUGCAGACGGACCUGCUCGCACCCCGAUCCAACUCCUGAGGGCACGCUACGACGCCUGGCAAGUUGCCCUCACGCUCCUCACGGAUGAGGAAGAGGUCGCGGACGAUCGUCUGCAGCGGACGCUCGAGUCAGUAAGGGUGUUUCACAUUCAAGAUCCAGUGAUGCUCUCGACUCUCGACAGAGAGGUGUCACUCCGGGUGGUAUCGUCGGCUUUGCCGAGCGUAGUUUUUGCCAACUACGAAAACUGCGUGUAUGCACAGGCGCAACACUACCCACAGGCGCUCGCUGCCUUGAAGCAGAGGGAUGCCGACGCCUCAGCCGCGGUGACAGGUGCACGAGAAGCGACAUCCUCCUCCUCUCGGCCGCCUGCAGCUGAGGCGCUGCAGCGUGUGUCAGUGAUCCGUCGCGUGUACAAUGAUGCCGUUGCCGGCGCUGUCAUUUCAGAGAAGGACCUGUUCCAGAUAGCCACCGUCAUGGACACGUCCUCGGCGGACGAGGUCGCCAUGGCCACUUAUGUGUUGGCGCGUGUAAAGGAGGUGCCGACGACCAUUCUGACGUUGUUGCAGAAGCACUCGAUGUCGCUGACGGCGGAGGGUGUUGUGGCACUCGUCCGCGCAGGCCGCCACGACCGUCGUGGCGCACUGUCCACAGUGCUGCCGGAAUGUCUGCGCCGUUCCGCACACCUUCAAGAGUGUAUCGUGUCUGCCCCUACAACGGUGCUGGUGAGGUUGGCUGAGGCCCUUGGCCGGCCAGUCUCUCGGUGGACGGCGCCAAGCGAGCAGAUGGGUGCGUUGGAAGAACAGGUCGUCGACAUGGUGGUCGCGCACCUUUUACCUCAAGUGGAGCAGAUGCCGCUGCCUGCGCUCCUGUCUGUCAUGACAAUCGGCGGCUGCCACCUCGCUGGGACGGAUGAUCUGAUGCAGGCAGUGUGCAGCCGCGUCGCCGACCACUUGGUGGCGGCAGUGACUCCACCAUCCAUCGCCCUCUGCCUGGAAGUGCUGGCGGCGUUACACUCGGGCGACUCUCGGCAAGAGCGACUGCUGGACGCUCUCGCCGAUGCCAUUGCCGAGUACUUUGCUCCCCUGCUUCAGCUCACCAUCAGUGCAGAUGCGUCGUGCCUCGCAGCCUUACUACGCUUUGCAACGAUUCAGGUGAAGUACGGCUCGCCAGAGACGGCGGCGGUGGGCACAGGCCUUGUGCAAAGAGUGCGUCAGGGAGGAUGGGGGGCGUUGCCACCGGAGAUGCUGGUGGCAGCCGCGCUCUUCGCUCUGGACAGUAGCACCCUUGUCUCAUCCGCGACAUCGCUGGACCUGCCGCACGCGGUGGUGGCACACUUGGUAGCGGCGCAGGGCCUGUCAAGCAUUAUGACAGUUGACUUGGCCAUCGCCCUCGUCCAGCUACUUGAGGUGAUCCCCACUGUCGAUGCAGAUAAUGCCCAGGCGCUCGUAACAUGCGUGCUGCCGGUUGCUUCGGCUCUGUCCCCACUAGUGAUAGCUCGCCUGCUGGCUUUACGGCAUCGCAGCUCCGCAGCAGCAGCAACGCCUUCGGCAGAGGUCGCAGCAGAGCACUACAACACCGUUAGCAGGCACGUGCUGGGCCUGCCUCCUGACACCUUCACCGCCCUGUGCCUCGUCGCCGCGCGCCCUGGGUUCGACACAGCACUCGCCAACCUUCUCGUUGACGUGUUGCCGCUCAUGGCCGACGCCCUCUCGGCGCACCAGCUGAGUCAGUGUGUGUUUGGGCUGGGGGAGAUGGCGGAUGCGGGUCAACGCCUCUCGCAUCAAGUCAUGACGGAGGCUCUCUCGGAUUACGCUGUCGAUAACCUUGAGCUGUUCACCAGCGCCCCCGACAUCGCCGAUCUUCUGCACGGCUUUGCCAAGCUUCAGUGCACAAAGCGGAAUCUUUACAGCGUCUUCUCCACGCAACUCCUGCGCCGACCCGUCAUCGCGACUCUCGAGUUCCGCUCGAUCAGCCUCCUCUUCUUUGCGUUCGGGAGCGUGAGGUUUGUGAACAAGGACCUCAUGGACAUUCUGUGUCGCACCUUCAUCGUUCACAUCGACAGUCUUGCCGCCCCAGACGUGCUCAUGUCGCUCCGCGGACUCAGCCGCAUGAGUCUACUGAACGCCGCCUUCUAUCGCAAACUGGGAAUGAAGGCGAUCGAGCUGAUAGACGCGUUCCCGCUCCAGGCGCAGUGCGACCUCCUCCACGCAUACGGCGCUGUGGAGGAGGCUCACUCUGAGCUGGCGGCGACCCUCUCGCGGCGCAUCGCCGCGGAGGUGGAGUCGCUGCCCUCUGUCUCCGUCGCCACGGACGUGCUGACGUCGUUGUGGCUCAUGGGCGCCAACAUGACGAUAAACGAGGACAUUGAAAGGAUUGUCGACUACGUUGUGCGACACGCGAGCGAGCUGACCGGGCCGGACAUGAUGAAGCUGUGCUCCAUCACGCUCAAUCAAAACUGGAGGCAGCCCCAGCUGCUGCAUGGCAUGGCAACACGUGCCAUCGAGUUGCAGAAGGAGGAGCAGCUAGAGCCUACCACAGCACGCGCAGUGCUGGACACGCUGAGCUCGCAACUUGUCUUCCACCAGGCGGCGCGUGUUCACCUGUCGCAGCUGGCUCGCACCGUGAGCAAAGAGACGGUGCUGCUCUCCGGUGAGGAGCAGGAGCAGCUGAACCUGAUCACGAGCCACUAA